AAAGUCACAGUGACACUUCAAUGAAGAUGCUACCUAUGCCGAAGAGAAAGCUUCUCCCAUCAAUGUAGGAAAUCCACUUCCCUGAGAGGUGAUAGCUAUGUCAAUAGGAGUAUAGCUAAGGUUAAGUAUGAUGUCUGCUAUAUAGACAUCAGAGCUAUGGCUUUGCUUCCUCUAGUCCCACUGUGAUAUAGCAUGACAGUACAAGCUGUAAGAUUUUAUUUGACAACUUUGUAGUUACGAAAGUUGCAAAAUAGCCACAGAAAAGUAAAACAACACAGCACUGUUUUAAAAAGCAUUUUGCCACCAAUUCUGUGUUAGUGGCACUGGUACAAUGAACUCUGUACACAAGUAUAGUAGGAGACUGCAUUGGCACAUUUAUACAGGUGUAGCUACAGCAGCGCAACCCACUCUUCCUACUACUGCAACCCUGGUGUAUAAAAGAGCUCACUAAAGCUGAUUUAAAACUGAAGCCAUGACUCUGCAUUUUUGUCAUACUGCAUAGCUUAUGGGACGAUGGGUGUAAACCAGUGCUGCUUAACAUGAGUAUGGCAUGCAGAAAUUGGCCAUGUGUAUCUAGGCUUUUGAUAUUUUGAAAAUGCAGCUCUAGUGUAAUACCAUUGCUUAUUAAAAAGCCAAUGUAUUAAAGUAAUUCAAAUAAAAGUGUAAACAUAUGCUUUACACUCACAACACCAGAUGUAUCCUAGAACAUUCUAGCUUUGGGUGGGAAUUUACAUAGGGCUUUGCUCUUUUUACAAUAUGCAUGUUUCCACUUAGGAUAAAUUAAUAUAAUUAGAAAUGCGGAAUAUAAUUAGAGCUAGGUACAGUGCCGGACAACUGCCACCUACAUACCCAAAUGCAGCAUUGUUAAAUAAUAUAUAUAUGGGAGAAGAAGGAUAGCUUUGGCAUUUAAGGCAUUCAGGAAAUAUAGGUCUAUUUCCUGUCUCUACCAUGAACUUCCUGUGUGACUACUGGCAAAUCGCCUUCUCUGUGCCAUCUGUAAAAAACCGAUGAUAAGUCUGUUUGCCUUUUCUCCAUCCUUUGUUGGUCUUGCCACUCUAGGUAGCAAGGCCCAGAGUUAGUGUGAGGAAAUACUGCUCCUAGAACAAUGGAACCCCCUCUCUCAGUUAGAUGCUGCCAUACUUCAAGUGCACAACCAUAAUUUUGCAUCUAUUCACAACUCCUCCUCCCCUCCCCCCCCCUUCAGGUACAGUGUCCAGACAACUGCCACUUCUAGGCAGCUCCGCGAGAAGCCUCUCCUGUUCCUCUGCCCUCCCUCCAAACUCCUUUCUUCCUUAUUGUGUUCCAAAGGUUUCCUGUGGGCUUUCCCUCCGAGUCCUCCUGCUCCUCUCCAAAGCUGCAGGAUUGUUGGUUUUUUUCGGUUCAGAAGGGUUCCAGUUCCAAUCUAUCUAACCCUCUCUGACAUGCACAGAGAGACAAAGUCAGAGCAACUGCCAUGAGAAAUGAAUUAAUGAGCCUUAAUGUGGCGCCAAGUCUCCUUUCCUUCUCCUUCGCCCAUGAAGCUAAUAUAUUGCUUCUGAAGCUUGUUGUCUCAGUAGCAUUUUCUCUCUCCUGCCCCGCUUGCUAUUUAUUGGCCAGGCAUCCUUUGGUCCAGUCAUGUUUUUGUCAGUUUCUUUCCCUUCAUCGCUCCCUCCCUCUCGCCCAUCCAUCUAUACAUAUAAGGCUAAAUCUCCACCCGAAACACUCCAUCCGAAAAUGGCUACGGCAGCUGUUGCAACUUGUUUAUAAUCUAAAUAAAUUAAUUUGAUAAGAUCAUCCAUGAUAGGAUGUCUAAUGUACUUGGAAACUGCAGAUCGGGAAACCCUGGGACCAAAUUAGCAUGCAGCAAGGAUGACUGGGUGCAGCUUCCAUCUGGCUUCCCGACUUUUCCUAUAUAUAGACCUGAAGCCCCCCUGCCCUCCUUCCCGCCUCAGUAGAUGUGACGCUCUGUGCCCUACCAGUAUAUUGCAAAGUUCACGAAUGGAGUCAGAGCAUCUGUCGGACGGAAGAGGUACAAGCUCAGGAGCGAGGGCAGGCGCAGAAAGGACCCAGCGAAUCAGGCUCUGGAGCACUCCCAUACAGCCUCCUCCGCACAAUUUUGCAAGGCAUUGGGGAACAAGGGUUUAUGUUUGCACCACCAGAGAUGCAACUGGUUAUUUGCUUGUAGGUAUCUGAAACCCGUCCAAAAGAUGCUGAAACUUUCUUUUUCCAGGCCAGGCAAACACAUUUUCCGCCGUGUAAUCUAUUUUGUCAAAAAUCAAAAAGGUAAGCAGGCAUUGCAUUUGCACACAGCACUUAAAUAGCCGAAGAGAAGUGGAAGAAGAGAAAUAAGAUCCACUGCUGUCAAUUUCAAGUCCUCUCUCAAAGGAAAUUCUGUACCCUCCAGAAACAGGUAGUAAAAUGAUCUGCUGUGCGGCAAACCUAGUCUUCCCCGCCCCAGCCCCUUUCCUGUGAUCAUCUAUACAAUAAAAAAAUAUAACGCAAUCAUCCACGGUACAGCGUUCCAAAAGGAACUCCGUAAAGCCACCAAAUCCAGCAUGAAACGCUAUAGACUGCAGGGGAGGAAGCGACACAUUUAAAAGCAACGUUGAAAAUGGCGUGGAGUAUAAUUAUCUCAAAUUGCUAUUCGCCUGACACCCUGACACUAAUUCUAUUCAAGCCACUGGGACGCAAAAUAGGACAAAAGCGUUCUUGCCGGUUGCUAGAGUAAGGGUGUGUGUGUGUGCGUGCGUGUGAUUGUGUGUGUGUGUAUGGGGGGAGGGCUAGAGAGAGGGAGGAUGUUAAACUUUCCAUGUCAGGAGGAAGAAAGAAAGAAAUUAAAUAAUCAAUUUAAGGGAAAGCGUCUAAACAGAUCGACAGCUUUAAUGCCAACAUUUUUAACGCUUGCCCUGUACGUGGAUUGAUUUUUUUUUCUCCAGCAUUCCCUCAGCAGAUGGAUUUUUGCCACUGCAGCUCAGCAGAGGGUGUCAGAUCUUUGAGAGUGCACCAGGUUGGAACGAGCAGAGGCUCUUAGCAACUCUCCUUCCGUGUGUGUAUGUGUGUGUGUGUGUGCAACUCAGAAACAGGAGAAGAAGAAAAAGGAAAGAAGAGAGCCCGAGGUGGGAGAGAGAGAGAGAGAGAGACUGACAGAGAGAAAGAAAGGGGAGAAGAAGAAGGGAUCGGAGGAGAGGAGAAAUGGACAGCCAAAAAACGCAGCGAUUGCAGAUUUUUUGCAGCGCCAUUGGUUCGGCAUCCGGUCCUUAGGCUGGGGCGUGAUUUCAGCACCAAGGGGGACUGGACAGCACCCAGAGGGGGACUCCUGGGCACCGAGCACCGGCGGCAGCAGCAGCAGUCAGGAGCCCGGCUUUGAAACAGGAAAGCAAGGUCAGUCCGAAGCAAAGCGAAGCUCACAGGCAGCUCUCUUCUACCACCGCUGCACUGUCUGCCUGAUUCUCUCUAAAAUGCAGUGGCUGCUUAUAAUUACUAGCCUUAUUCCUGUUCCGAUUAGCGAAGCCGGACAACAGUGAUCUACUUAGCUUUUCGGGAGCUUUCAGGAGGGGUUUGAGGAGGGGGAUUUUUUUCUACUUUUUUUUUUUUUUUUUGCGUGCCUCGCAUUACGUGCCUGGAUAGUUUGUGGAUAUAAUUAUUGACUGGAAUCUGGGCUGUUGCAGUAUAUGUCGGGGGGGGAGAGAAAGGGAUAAAGGAGAAAAGAAAUCCUCCCCCCCCCUUCCGCUCAGCCUCCUUUCCCCCCACGUUUUUCCCUAUGGUGGUGGUUCGGACAUCUCCUCUAUUGAAUGAACUGGAAUUGUUUUCGGUGUGAGUAUGAUGGUUGCUGUUACUUUGUGAUGAGAUUGGGAAUGAAUCGUGCGGUUUAAAGAUGCUGCUUUGGAUUCUGUUGCUGGAGACGUCUCUUUGUUUUGCUGCUGGAAACGUUACAGGGGACGUUUGCAAAGAGAAGAUCUGUUCCUGCAACGAGAUAGAAGGGGAUUUGCACGUAGACUGUGAGAAAAAGGGGUUUACCAGCCUGCAUCAUUUCAGCGCCCCAACUUCCCAGUUUUACCAUUUAUUCCUGCAUGGAAAUUCCCUGACUCGACUUUUCCCUAAUGAGUUUGCUAACUUUUACAAUGCAGUCAGUUUGCACAUGGAAAACAACGGUUUGCAUGAAAUUGUUCCCGGGGCUUUUCUUGGGCUGCAGCUGGUAAAACGUUUGCAUAUAAACAACAAUAAGAUCAAAUCGUUCAGGAAGCAGACUUUCCUGGGGCUGGACGAUCUGGAAUAUCUCCAGGCAGAUUUUAAUUUAUUAAGGGAUAUUGACCCGGGAGCAUUUAGGGAUUUAAACAAGCUGGAGGUGCUGAUUUUAAAUGACAACCUCAUCAGCACCUUACCUGCCAACGUGUUUCAGUAUGUGCCGAUCACCCACCUCGACCUCCGGGGAAACCGACUGAAAACCUUGCCUUAUGAGGAAGUCCUGGAGCAGAUCCCAGGCAUUGCUGAGAUUCUGCUGGAGGAUAACCCAUGGGACUGCACUUGUGAUCUGCUAUCCCUGAAGGAGUGGCUGGAAAACAUACCCAAAAAUGCUUUGAUCGGCCGAGUCAUUUGUGAAGCUCCUACGAGGUUGCAGGGCAAAGAUUUGAAUGAGACCACAGAGCAAGAGCUGUGCAGGAAAAACAGAGUGGAUUCUAGUCUAGCUGCUCCCCCUGCCGAAGAAGAAACCUGUGAUCCUGGUCCCAUUCCAACCCCCUUCAAAAUACACGGCAAAGAAGAUCCUGCCACUACCGGAUCUGCUCCAAACGGAGGUACAAAAAUCCCAGUCAACUGGCAAAUCAAGACCCGACCCACAGCUGCGGGUUCCACAAUGAGCGUGAAGAACAAGCUACCGGCUAGCAUGCCCUGCCCGGAGAUUUGUAGCUGUGAUCAGAUCCCUGGCUCGGGUUUAAAGGUUAAUUGCAACGAAAGAAAUGUGAGCAGCUUGGUGGCUUUGAAGCCCAAGCCGUCCAAUGUGCAGGAGCUGUUUCUGAGAGACAACAAAAUACACACCAUCAGGAAAUCCCACUUUCUGGAUUACCGGAAACUUAACCUAUUGGAUCUGGGGAACAACAACAUCGCGACUGUGGAGAACAACACCUUCAAGAACCUGUUCGAGCUCCGGUGGCUCUACAUGGAUAGCAACUACUUGGACACGCUGUCCCGCGAGAAAUUCACAGGGCUGCAAAACCUGGAGUAUCUGAACGUGGAGUUUAACGAGAUCCAGCUGAUUCAGCCCGGCACCUUCAAUGCAAUGCCCAAGCUCCGUGUCCUAAUCCUGAACAACAACCUCCUGAGGUCCCUCCCUGUCGAUGUGUUCGCGGGGGUCUCGCUUUCCAAGCUGAGUAUACACAAUAACUAUUUCAUGUACCUCCCCGUGGCGGGGGUGCUGGACCAGCUCACUUCCAUCACCCAGAUAGAUUUACAUGGCAACCCCUGGGACUGCUCCUGCCCCAUUGUGCCUUUCAAGCAGUGGGCAGAGCUGCUGCGCCCCAAGGUGGUCAUGAGCGACCUGAGGUGUGAAUCCCCAGAAGAUUUCUUCAAGGAGGACUUCGAGUCCCUCUCCAACGACGUCAUUUGCCCGCAGCUCAAAAUCUCGCCCACCGCCAGUUCCAAUAGCAAAAACAGCACGGGAUUGGCAGAGACAGGGACUCACGCCAACUCCUACCUAGAGACCAGCCGGGUCUCCAUUUCGGUGCUGGUCCCAGGACUCCUGCUGGUCUUUGUCACCUCCGCCUUCACAGUGGUUGGCAUGCUCGUGUUUAUCCUGAGGAACAGAAAGCGCUCCAAGCGGAGGGACGCCAACUCCUCUGCCUCGGAAAUCAAUUCCUUACAGACAGUCUGCGAUUCGUCCUACUGGCACAACGGCCCCUACAAUGCAGACGGAGCCCAUAGGGUGUAUGACUGUGGCUCCCAUUCGCUAUCAGACUAAGAGCUGGGGCCGGAGAGGGGGGGAAAAAACCAAGUAGGAAAUCAAUUCAAGUUCGCAGCGAGCAAGCAACUCAGUGGUUAAAGCGUCCCUGAGCUGCGCAUUGCUGGCUCGCCUGCUAACGUCACUGCUCCACACCGAUCAGGGACGGUUCUGAACCUCUGCUCCCUUCCGUGCACAUAACACCCCCGGGCGCGCAAAAGCCAACGCUGCGGCGUAUUUCAGUGAGCGAAGGCCGGGGCUCUCCACGCACCCUUUCAAGGUAGCCCCACUGAAGCGGUGCUUCGGGCAUCGGACUGCGCAUUGCCCUAGCGUGCAAUGGAAAGCCAGGAGCCACUUGGUGCAAGUCUUGCAGGGGGCCCCAUUGUUUUGCGGAUUAGCCCCAUGUGGGCGGGCGAGGGGGGAGGGAACCCAGCUGGUGGCCUCCUCCCCCCCGAUAACGCAGCGAGAGUGAAACGUUGCACGAAGGCAUGAAUGUAAUGUAAAUAGACGACUGAUUAAAACAAACACAAACAGUGCUGCAUGGCUCGCAUGGAUACAACGCACCCCAAGGACGCUCCUCCAGCACCCAACUGGAAACAGCGUCUAGUUCACACCACCAUCCCUCUUACCUGAUAAGUCCCAUCGUAUCAAACUUUCUAUAUACAAAAUACAGUAUGAUAAAUAAAAAAGUGCCAUUUCGCCAUAUUUUGUGUGAUCGGUAGGCAGUAGAUAGAGAUCGUACUUUUACUGUGGAAACAAAUGUAAAGCUUUUCUUUAAGGCAUAUUUGCAUGGAUAGUCUCAUUGGUUCAUUUUCUGAGUUGGGGGGAGGGGAUUUACUUUGUUGGGCGAAGUUUUGUUUUUGGUUCGGUUACCGCUUUUUUCUUUUUAAAUAUACACCUCCAGCAAUGCCUUUCCACCUGAAUGUAAAAUUUAGUACCCUUGAUUUCUAUUAUGGUAACCGUGUAAACAUUAAAGAGAAAUCCGAGGCAGUUAAGCAUGACCAAUUAAUGUCACUCGAGUGCUUAGGCUGCAGAGUUUAAUGGUAGACAAUUCUGUGCUGUUGUAAAUCUUACUCUAACUUGAGGAAAUCAGAACUGAGGAAGCAAGUGAAACUUACUAAUUCUAUUCGAGGAUUUUAUAAUGGCAUAUUUUUUCAGUAUUAAAGUGAAAAUGUUUUCAACUCCGGGUCCUUACCAUUUUUCCAGCACCAGUUUUUGCAAGAGCUUUGUCUGGUUCAGGGGGUAAUAUUCUGCUUUCAAGUCUGAGUAUCUCUCGCUUUCUCUCUUCCCCAUCGCACCAGCCUCCUCAAAAUGUAAAUACCACACAACACUUCUUCUCUGGUUUUUAAUGCAUCAGUGAAUUCCUUUAUUAAUACAGAGCAUCUCGCUGCUGCUGCUGCUGCUGCUGCUGCACACACUGCAGAUAUAUUAGAAGUGCAAGUGGAAAUUGGAGUUAAUUGAUUCUGUCUCAUUAAGCCGAGUCUAGAUUUCACUGGUCAGCAUUUUAGACCCACACGCUGUCCCGGUGACUGGCAGCCGUGUCUGCUACUGGCUUGAGUAGCUGCCGGGAACAGGGAAACUAAUUAACCAAGGGACUUUCCCAUUCCCGGCCCCAGUAGCUGAGACUUUUAGUAUUAACACUUGAACUAAAUACACGUAGGCGGAUGCUGUCCAACCUCAAACGGAUCUCCUUUGAUUCCUUCCUUUUAUUAGGCCGUGUACCUUCCCUAAAUGAUACAUGUAAAGAUAGGAGGCCGGGGCAAACCAAUUGUAACUCAAAGCUCAAGUCCCAGGGGAAAGAAGAAAAAAAAUCUGUCAUGUUGCUUCUGGCUUUCUCCAGGCAGAGAAUCCUUUUAAAGAUUAACACACUGUAAGGUACGAGCUAACCUGCUAAUACUGAUUCAGUAGACUUUAUAGGAAAUGUCCACCUUUGGAAUAUGUGGUGGGAAAACAGACACGGUUUUAAACCCAUACAUAGUGCAGCUGAUACAUACCCAUUUUACAGUGGUAGAAGCCUAACAACUAUUCUAGCAUAUUUUAAGUGAGGCAGAUAGUUCUUCUGACCUACGAUCAUUGUUAUGGAAGGAUGAGUAGCUUCCUACAAGAGGUCUGAUAUUUUCUUUCAUAUGGUUUGUACUAAGUUUUCGUAAUACAAUACUUUAAAAAAACCCAUUACAUCAGGGGCCUUCACUAUUUCUGAUCACUUCUCCUUUGCUAUAAUGAUUGUUCUGCCAGAACAUCCUGUGUUACACAAUAUGAUGCAGCAGAGUCACCAGAGUCAUUUGAAUGUAUACAUCUCAGUUUAUUUUUUUUAAAAGUUUAAAAGGUGUUUAAAUGUGAAUUAAAACACCUCUUUAUGAGGACAUCAGCUUCAGUUAACAGAGGAUACAGCAGGCCUUCCUGAAUAAUGUUGGGUUGUAAUACAAUCAGUAAAAACUAUGAGGA